AAUUGCGGGGAGAUUAAAACCAUCUCAAUAAAUUUCCGAACGAAGAACGAGCUUGACGUGCGGGCCAGGACGGUGUUUGGUGAAAAUUUGUACACUCGUGGUCAUACAUCGUGCGUGCAGAAGUGCUGUGAUAAAAUCGUGCCGUAAAUGUAACUUGCAUCUAAACCCUCUUUCGUACACUUCCAUCUUCUAUCCACGACGGUAUUCUUCGCCCGGUGUCUUCGGGAAGGAUUAUUCUUGCCGUACCGAGCUUAUGCUGGAAUCGAUUUUAAUUCAAUUAAGACAAAGCAAGCUGUGUGAUAGUGCAAGGCAAAACGCUACGUACGACCGUGCUUAAUCGUUGGAAAACCUUGCUAGUGUGAAGUUCACCAGUCGGAACGGAAGUCGGAAGCAUACUGCAUACAUACGUAACACCCGGUGAACGUAGAAUACGGCCUUCUUUGGUCUCUGGGUAGCACACGCUGGCCCAGACCGUGGAACCAGAACCCUUUCCGGACGGUGUUAUCGUGCUGAGCCGCAAAAACAUGAAGAAACGUAGCAGUCCGCCACCGUCGACGGCGGACGGUGGCAUUGGCAGUGAAACGCUACUGCAUGCCUCGCAGCACACCAUGGCGGUCAAUGAGUUUAAGUUCAUUAACGAGCGCCCGGUGGACGAUAUCUCGCUGAACUUCUUCUACAAACCACACACGAUCACGCUGCUUGCCGUUUCGAUAUUUGGCGUGAUGUACUUUGCCUUCGUCCGUAAUCAGUCCGAUAUACAGGAGAACAUUUGGGCCGGCAUGCUGUGCGUCAUAUUCUUCUUCCUGAUCAUCUCCGUGCUUGCGUUUCCGAACGGACCGUUCACACGGCCCCAUCCGGUGGUCUGGCGAAUGCUCUUCGGUCUGUCGGUGCUCUACCUAAUGCUGCUACAGUUUCUAAUGUUCCAAGAUUAUAAGUCCAUCAUGGGAAUUUUCUACUGGUUCGAUCCAAAGCUGAGAGAUUUCCAUAUCGACAUGGAAAAGCAAUACGCCGCCAACUGCUCUGAUAUGUCGUUCGAACGAAUCUGGUCCCACGUGGAUGUGUUUGCCUGGGGCCACUUUCUGGGAUGGGCCUUUAAAGCCGUCCUAAUUCGUCACAUGGGCAUUUUGUGGGCCAUCUCGGUGAUGUGGGAAAUCACAGAAAUUACGUUUGCGCAUCUGCUGCCCAACUUUGCCGAAUGCUGGUGGGAUGCACUGAUUCUGGAUGUGCUGGUCUGCAAUGGGUUCGGUAUUUGGUGCGGGCUGAAGAUCUGUAAGCUGCUGGAAAUGCGCGAAUACAAAUGGGCCAGUAUACGGGACAUCUCGUCCACCACCGGCAAGCUGAAACGAGCGGUAUUGCAAUUCACACCAGAAAGUUGGGCACCUGUGCGAUGGCUCGAUCCGAAGUGUACCUAUAUGCGAUUUUUCGCCGUCUGUCAGUUGGUUUUGCUCUGGCAGCUAACCGAGCUUAAUACUUUCUUCUUGAAACACAUUUUUGAAAUGCCACCUUCACAUCCGGUCGUCAUUGCGCGGUUAGUGUUUGUAGGUCUGUUCACAGCGCCCUCGGUGCGGCAGUAUUAUAUCUAUGUGACGGACACGCGCUGUAAGCGGUUGGGCACACAAUGCUGGGUUUACAUCGCUAUCCUUGUGUCGGAGGCUAUUCUGUGCAUUAAAAAUGGCAAGGAGUUGUUUGAGCGCACCCAGGUGAAGAAUAUUGUCGUAUGGCUAAUCAUACAGGCGGUACUCUCGGUGCUCUUUGUCUACGGUUGUAUGCUGUGGCAUAGAUACGUUGCGGAAGACGAUUCCAGAGAUGGAUCUCCGGUGAAACAAAUGAACCGCACGUUCAAGGACUCUGCCAUCGUAUCGGGUGACUCGAAAGGAUACAAAGAUGGUUCCUCCUCGGCAAAAAGCUCACCCCUAUCUACGCCUACCAAAAAAGCCCGAUCUCAACAGGGGAACAAUGUUUCUCUCGGCUCAACCGGCAAAUUGGUCCGCGAACAUCUUGAAUAGGGUUUCCUAGGUACAAAACACUUGCGCACACACAGCCACAGUUGGCCACAAGUUAGCUUUCCUAGACAUUUUCCAUUUCUCGACAUUUACCAGGCUACACUGUUUGUUUGAUCCUCUUUACAACGAGCGUAACACACAAGCUUCCAGCACUGUAACGCACGCAUCCGUAUCGCGAAUGCUUAGCAAUGUAAUAUUUGUCACCUAUUUCUAUUCCCAACUAGUGCAGGAGUGUGUGUGUGUGGGAGCAAUGGCAUCUCCAAAAUGCGUACUUCCUUCGUCCUUUAAAAUCUAGACGCUUCUUCGGACCAAAUAUAGCUUGAUGCUUGGGAACUUUGUCCCAUGCUCGGUAGGAUAGUACGAGUAAAAUGAUUAUUCCCACUGCUACAAAUUCACCCCUCUAGACAGCCAACAGGCACUUGAAUACUCUAUAAUAUUGCUGCUUAUUGUUAGUUUUCUUUGAGUUUUUAGUUAUGCGUUAUGUUUCGUUAUGUUUGAAAAAUCAAAUGCUUCGCACGCGCGCGUUUCCAUAUGCUCUGGGUAAACAGUGCAACAUUGUCUGCCCGCGUAACCGUGCAAAGCUUUUAUAGACCGUAGUUAGCAAUCGGCACAUUGUUGCAUCCGUAUGAAGUGCGUAUAUAUGGUGUUUCUUUCCUUUUUUUGUGGAGUUUUGCCAAACAAAAACAAAACAAAAAUCCACGACGACUGCACAUACAUAUGGCGGGGGCCGAGAAAAAGGCUGAUCGAAUUAUGUAGCAAACAAUGUAAAGUAAUAGUUAGGUUAGUUGACGAUAGAGAGCGAGAGAUAGUGAGAGAUUGUGUAUUGUACUACACAUCGUGAUGGGAUGGGUGGUGUUAGGCUAGUUUAUGAAAUGCCAUCCAACGUGUAUCAUUACCGCAAUACCUAUUUUACCGACAAAGGAUGCUGAUAGAACCUGAAAAGACCAGGCAGAUGCGUAAGCAGAUAUACUGAUGCGGUGUACAAAUUGUAUUGCAAGUAAUUAAUCGUAAUAAAAGAAACAAGACUUAAGAGAGCGACGCAUCAUCAUGUGGCGGUUGCAUGGUUGAUAAUGCAAGGGCAUCUGUUGAGCUGUAGAUUUAUAUUCCAACAAGCUUCCGAUUUUUAAAAAAAUGAUAUAGGCACAAACUGUAAACAAGCCAGUAAACACAAAUAAGCGUUGGUUAAACAUGUUCUCUCCUGUUGCGGAGCUCUCGCUAGGAAUGCUUCAUUGUAAUCUAAUAGAUCAAGUCUUCGCCUUUCUCUACUUUACGACUGGUACGGUUCUUACAUAUCUCUGAAUGAAAAACAACAACAAAAGACAUAGGCAAAAAAGCAAUGUUAAUAGUAUCUAGCGCUUAUUUCAUUUCAACACCAAGCAAGACCACACACUAACCUGGUGUCCUACUAAGUCUUAACCGUUUCGGAAAGCUUCUUUUGCUUCAUCAAGAACUUCGCUCAAUAUCUCACUGGGAAAAAGGUCAGUUGACAGAGUAGGUAGGAAAUAACAAGGCUUCUUCAUUUGCUGCUGAGCUGAGCCAACUCCCCGUUACGCCGUAGACAAAAAUCUCUCUAGUCAGUAAGUUGUAACAAGAAGAAGGGUGGAACGCCUUGCUUCACUUUCACCAUAAAUAUUUCUAAGCUAGUUUGUAUCGAUUUUUUUUACUAAUCAAGCGUUGCGUCCCUCCUGCGGUAUAACACGUUAUGCUACGACGUGUGAUGAAAGAUUCUGAGAUCGUUUUCGUACUCUUGCGAAACAGUCGAAUACUUCCGGUAGAUUUGUACGGAUAAUUGGGGGGGACGUAGGGAAUUAGUCACCAUCACCAUCCCCCACCUUCGACAGGUGUUUGUGUGUGUGGUAACGCUUGCCAGUAACACACCGAAAACCAAGAAUGUUAAUUUUAGGUAGUUUUUUUCUGUUAAAAAUGAAAUCGCAUGUUACUCUGUACCUAUAUAGAGUUGGGAAGCAUCUUACUGCUACUAUUAGUUUUGGACAGUGUGGUCUGGACCUUUGGCAGGAAAAAUGCCGACGUAAUGCGAUUAAAUAAACCAAAAAUUAUUGAAAAAAUAAAGCAAGUGACAGACGUAGGUUAAGAUGUAAUAAUUACAAUUGAAACUCGUUGUGGUUGCAAUUUCAUUGUGUAAAUGGUUACUUUUUGUUU